GUGUGUGUGUGUGUCCACUUGAUGAAACCACAUCUUCAUCGAUGUGUGGCGCUUCGUGCGUCUUGUUUUCGUGCAAAGCUCCACGGCGCGUGGGUAACGGAAAACAGAAAAGCCCACACACAUUGCUCCAAUGCUGCUUCUGCGCGCGCUAAGGUGGCAGCCGAAUUCAAGAAUGCUUCACGCGGACUCCAGCGAGGUCUAAAGUUACAACGCACGCGCCUUGUAGACGGAGAACAAACGUUUGGUCUCCGGAGUUCAGCGUGUGGGUGGAGACUGGACGAAGACCACACGUGACGUCACGGGUACAAUAAAAACGCACUGUCACCAGUUGCAGAGCGCGAGCGGACUUUAGCGUCAAGAGAUCUUCGUGCUCGUGUCUUCAUUUUAGAGUGAAGCGGCGUGGAAAGUAACAAGUCACACCGUUUUACACAACAAGCGAGCUAAUGGUGGUAAACGUGACUGACUGAGUAAACAACGGGACCUGUCAAACUUAUACAACCAUAUGGAAUCCCCUAUGGGUGUCGGGACGGGGUGCAGAUCCAGUUCGGAGAGGACCUCUCUAUGGUAGCUGCCUUCUCUGGACCGCCGCUCCUGGCUUACAGCCCUUUAUGGCGUGCCCUGUCCAGUCCUUCUGCCGGGGGCUUCGCACUGUUGGAUUAGUCCUCCUUUACUAUGUCUUCUCUAUAGGCAUCACCUUCUAUAACAAAUGGCUGAUGACGGGCUUCCACUAUCCCCUCUUCAUGACGUUAGUUCACCUCACCAUGAACUUCUGCCUGUCGGCCCUGACACGGCGGGCCAUGCAGUGCUGGACGGGGAAACCCCGCAUCAUUCUGAGCUGGAAGGACUACCUCCGUAAAGUGGCUCCCACAGCAUUGGCAACAGCACUGGAUAUUGGGCUUUCCAACUGGAGCUUCCUCUUCAUCACCAUUAGCUUGUACACCAUGACCAAGUCUUCAGCAGUGCUCUUUAUCCUAUUUUUCUCCGUGGUUUUUAAACUAGAGGAGCCGAACCCAUACCUGAUCCUGGUGGUCCUGCUGAUCUCCAGUGGUCUGUUUAUGUUUACAUUCGAGGCGACCCAGUUCAACCUCGAGGGCUUCAUCAUGGUGCUGCUGGCGUCCUUCAUAGGCGGGAUCCGCUGGACCCUCACUCAGGUCCUCAUGCAGAAAGCAGAGCUGGGCCUUCAGAACCCAAUAGACACUUUGUACCACCUACAACCUCUCAUGCUCAUCGGCCUCUUUCCCCUCUUCCUGUACAAUGAAGGGCUGAGCCUCAGUACCACAGAAAAGUUAUUCCGGGGGACGGAGCUCUCUCCCGUCCUGUAUUCAGUCUUUACAAUGAGCAUCGGGGGCAUGCUGGCCUUCGGUUUGGGCUUCUCGGAGUUCCUGCUCGUCUCCCGGACCUCAAGCCUCACACUAUCCAUAUCGGGGAUCUUUAAGGAGGUGUGCACUCUGUUUCUGGCAGCACAUCUGAUGGGAGACACAAUGAGCAUGUUUAAUGGGCUGGGAUUCGCCAUCUGUCUGUGUGGCAUUUCACUGCACGUAGGACUCAAGACAUAUUAUUCCAAAAAUAAGGGACCGUCUUUAAGGAAGCUCAACAGCAAGAGCGCAGAGCUCGAGUUUCCAUUACUGCGGCAGAACGGAGACGACAGACGCGAUUCGGCUGCUGAAGACGAAGACGAAGACGAGGAACAGGAAAUCACUCUGCACUGACGACACGGGCCACCGAAGUAGGGGCCGUCUUCAUGCUGCUCACUCCUUUACAACUGUUCCAUCAGAUGGUUUUGAACUGUGGCGUCAAAGCUUUGGAGCGUCCAAAACAACAACAACAGUUGGGACACACUGCCACCAGAAGAGGGAACACUCUCUCAGCUGUUCUUCUUUUCUUCCACCGGUCAUGUCUGUGGGCCCGGCCUGGGCCUCAUAAUGUAGCUGUACAUCAUCUCUGGAGCGCGUUGUGCUCUCCCUUGAGGGAGCUUCGAAAAUGUAGCUAAUAUAUCCGAGUGUCAGCAAAGUAUGAUGUAUGAGAGGGAGAGAGUGUUAAAGGAACACUUUGACACCUUGAAUUGGGUUAUUUUUCUUUGCUAGGUGCUUGUCACAUAGUGGGACUAUCUCACUUUGUUAUAUGUCCCAAUACACGCAGGUGGGGUUGUAGCAUUCUGUUAAGCGGCACAGGCCCCCUACAGAAUAAGCCGUUAGGAAACUGACGGACAAAUGUAGAAAUUGUUUAUGGAGGUGUCCGGUUUAGGAUACAUUUCCGAGAAUUUAAAAGGUCCUGGUAUCCCUUUGGAUUACAUAAUUUAUUUCCCAUAAAAAUGUAGCCUGCCACCCUGUAAAAAUUGGAUUAAUAGAUAGAUGUGUAAUAUAGUUCCUCAGAUUCCAAUUCUUUUGUGAAUGGCUUUGCUGCUACAAUUUAUCCCAGAAACAUCAAUGAGGUUUGUAGGGCCUCAAGUAGCAAAUAUUGUCAUUAUCAAAAAUGUCUGCAGGUAAUUUUCUUGAUUAAUACAUUUUUUUAAAGUUAAGACACAGAACAAGUGCCUAUCACAAUGUUCUUACCCCUGAGUUCAGGUCCUCAGGUUGCAUGCGUCUAAAAACCCAAAGAUAAUCAGGUACUGUCACAUUAGAAAGAGAAAGCAGCAAACACUCACAUUUUUUAGAAGCAAAUACAUUUGAGGACGGUUUUGUCCUUUUUGAUUGAAAACUAAAAAGACAAAUUUAUUAUCAAAUGAUUUACUGAUUAAUUUUAACGUCCAACUAAUUAAUUUCUUAAUAAAUUAAUGGAAAUGCCUUUUGAAUGUGAUUUUAUGGUGUAUGUAUUGGUUAUUGGGACACAUAAUAUAAUUUUGAAUCCAGGUUACUUCAAAAGCUAGCUGGCGGUUGUUAGCACUCACAGCUGUCAAGCUAGCAGCUUGUGGAAGACUCUGGUGACUUGCAAUGAGUUCACAUUGCUGAAAGGUAGCAAAUGAAAUGAUUGGAUGGGGUUAUUACAGUCCUACGACAGCCAAAGAUAAGAUACAGGAUUCAUUGUAUUUUUUUUGUCAGAGCAUUUGAUUCAUUGAUUGUUGUCAGGAUGUAAAGAGAAUUUCAACAAUUGUAACAAAAAUGUUUUUGAAGAAAAUUACCCACCCUAGCUUAAAUUCAAGUCAUGAGCUGCAUGGAGGAGACUGUUCACAGGAUCUAAUUUCAAUGGGCUCCAGUCGUUCUAUUUAUUAUUUGAAAAGAUGUGAUUAUCAUUACUAUGAAUACCUUGAUGUGCCUUGUUUACCUCGCAGCGGUCAGGAAGGCUACGCUAAAGAGCUAUUUUCAAAAUCCAUCAUAAUUGAAUCUGUGAUUAUGUAGCUGGAGUACUUGAGGUUGAAGCCAUUUGUCAAACUUGUUGACAGUUUUUUUUUCUGUACAAAUGCAGCUUUGUUGCAAUGCAUUGAGAAAUAAAGUGAAAUUUCUGAAUAAAUGUGGGAU